AUGGCAAGGCCGCGAAACCGCUCAAAAAAGCAGCAAACAGAGCAGCACGCUAUCAUCCCUCCCGUGACAAAUCCCUGCGAGCCUGACCCAGGUCCCAGACAUGAUAUGGCGGUCUACAUGCACGGACCAGACCCCAGACACGACCAGGCCCAUUCUGGACGGGGACGUGACGUGGUGGGCAGCGCGCAUGCCCUGUUGUACAUAGGUGUUGUAGGUGCGCGCACCCGCUACUUACAGCCUACAGGUUGGCAAGGUGCCCGCCUACAUGUACCUUAUGUUGGGUCUGGUGCCUGCAGAGCUCCAACCUCCGGACCAGACUCUGUCUGGUCCGCCUUUUGA